CUUCCCUCCUUUAGUUAUUUUGAAGGCAGAGAAAAAUGUCGUGGUGGUGUUUCCUCAUCGUCUUCUUGUCUUUGUUUCAAACUUGUUUCCUUUCUUCUCCUUCUCCCCAAUUAUGUCUUCACGAUGAGAGGUAUGCUUUGCUUCAAUUUAAGCAAAAGCACUAUGCUGUCAAUUCAUAUGCCAAUUACUACCAUACUCUCAAGUCCUGGAAUAAGCCCAAUACUGAUUGCUGCUACUGGGAAGGCAUCACUUGCGAUGGCACCGCUGGUCAUGUAAUUGGCCUUGACCUCACUGAUUCAUCACUCAAUGGUUCUAUCCACUCCAAUAGUACCCUCUUUCAUCUUCGUCACCUUCGAAUGCUUAACCUCUCGUGGAAUCAAUUCGACUACUUUGCUCCAUCCGGGCUUGACAGACUCUCCAGGUUAAUGCAUCUCAACCUUUCUGGUAACUAUUUCUCAAAACAAAUUCCAUCACAAAUAUCACGACUCACAGAUUUGGUUUCUCUUGAUCUUUCUUUUUGUGGAUUUGAGGGUCAAAUCCCAUCUGAAAUCUCACGGCUGACCAAGCUGGUUUUCAUUGACCUCUCUUGCAUCAGUAUAACUUUGAGUUCUCGUGUCGACACUGAAGCAUAUUUUUCUAUCGGGCUUGAAAUCUCUAAUUUGAGAACAUUUGUUCAAAAUCUAUCUAACUUGAGAGAAUUGCAUCUUGAUGGGGUGGACUUGUCAUCUCCCAAAAAUAGGGAUUGGCUUCAUCACUUAUCAUCUGCACUCCCCAACCUUCACGUGCUAUCAAUGAGGGAUUGUUCACUUACAGGCCCCUUGGAUGCAUCCAUCUCCAGCUUUCAUUUCCUCUCAGAGCUUUAUCUUGAUUUUACCAAUCUCUCUUCCAAAGAACCAAGUUCUUUGGUGAACCUCACUUCUUUGACUGUCCUUAGUAUCUCGGGUUGUGAUUUCCAUAGUGAUUUUCCAAGCAGUUUUUUCCUUCAACCUAGCCUCAAGCACAUAGACUUAUCUCAUAAUCCUCUCCUCUCAGUUCAGUUACCUGAAUUCCCUCAAAUCAACAAUGCCCUUCAAUAUCUGGGUGCUACCCACACUAAAUUCCAAGGGAAGUUGCCAAGUUCAAUUGGAAAUCUUAAGUUAUUGAAGGUGUUGUAUCUCAAUGAUUGCAACCUCACUGGACCAAUCCCACCUUCUCUUGCAAACCUUACCCAUCUUACCGAAUUGGAUCUUUCAGAGAAUCGUCUCAGUGGUCAAAUUCCUUCCUUCUUCUGGGAAAACUUUCCCAAUCUUGAGAAACUAUGGUUGGACAACAAUUUACUCCAAGGGCCUAUUCAUUCUUCUUUGUUUUUCCUUCCAUCAUUGCGUGUGCUGGAUGUGGCCAAUAAUAGAUUCAAUGGGGUCAUAAAUGAGCCAAUUCACAACAUUUCUUAUUUUUCUAGUCCCCGAGAGUUUAACUUAAGUGGCAACUAUUUGGAAGGACAAGACCUGAUGAGAUCAAUUUCCAGAAUUAAAGGAACAUUUCAGCGUCUUGACCUUUCGUUCAAUGACUUGGGCUACAUCAAUCGUAGUGGUGAGUCUGGUGACUACUUCAUCAAUGCUCAAAUUCAGGAAUUGUACAUGGCAUCUUGCAAUCUUAGUAAAUUCCCAGAUUUCCUCAGGAAUCAGAAGGAAUUGACUAUGAUAGACCUUUCUAGUAAUAGAAUUGAUGGUGCAAUACCCAAAUGGAUAUGGAAGAAAAAUUUGUCAUUGGUGUUCCUUUUUAACAACUCGUUGACAGGUCUGGAAUUGCCAUUACCCACUAAUCACUCCUCCAACAUUGAAUAUCUUGAUCUUCAUUCAAACAUGAUACAAGAGUGUCUUCCAACAACUCCAUGCUUUCCGCAAACAUUCAAUCAAUCUGCCAAUGGGUUUGUGUCUACUGUCUUAGGGAAUCUCACCUCCGUUUUCUCCAAAGAUAUUUCCAAAUACGGUUUCUUUUCAAUUUCAGACAAUAAAUUAACUGGAAAAAUCCCUUUAUCAUUCUGCAAUGCAAGUAGUUUGGACUAUUUGGAUUUGUCCCAUAACCAAUUGAGCGGAACCAUCCCAACAUGCCUCGGCACUAGCAAAUUGUGGGCACUAAAUUUAGAGAGCAACAAAUUAGUUGGAAAUAUCCCUUUUUCAAUCUGGAAUGCAAGUCAACUGGAUAUUUUGGAUUUGUCCAACAACCACUUAAGUGGCACCAUCCCAACAAGCCUCAAGAGUAGCAACUUGGGGGUACUAAAUUUGGGGAGCAACAAAUUAGCUGGAAAUAUCCCUUUCUCAAUCUGCAAUUCAAGUAAUCUGGGUAUUUUGGAUUUGUCCAAUAACUCAUUGAGUGGCACCAUCCCAACAUGCCUCGGUAGAAGCACAAAAUCUACAUUUGAAAAUGUAGAAAUUAGAUGCCGUCUACAUUCACUUAAGCUCCAUAAAAAUAUGCUUCAAGGAUAAGUUCCGGGAUCAUUGGCUAAUUGUGAAGAAUUGGAGGUGUUAGAUAUUGGGGACAACCAGCUGAAUGAUACCUUCCCGUAUUGGUUGGAAAGUCUCUCUAAAUUGCAGGUUCUGGUCAUGAGAUCUAACUACUUUGCUGGUUCCAUUGGACAACUCCUCCAUGUUGAUUCUCCUUUCCCAAGCCUACAUGUUUUUGACCUCUCUUUCAAUGUCUUUACGGGGAACUUACCAUUGCAAUAUAUUCUUCAUUGGAAGGCGAUGAUAAAUGAUGAUAAUAGUUCAGAACUGAAUUAUAUCGGUUUUCAAGAUUUUUUUGGAUAUUACCAUCAAGACACAAUUGCUAUUGUGGACAAGGGAAUAUACUUGGAGAUGCAAAGUAUCAUAACCACCUUCACCACUGUUGAUUUAUCCAACAACAAAUUUAGUGGAGGGAUUCCAGAUGCAAUGGGCGACUUAAAAUCUCUUAUAUUACUCAACUUGUCUGGAAAUUGUCUCACAGGUCAAAUUCCAUUUUCGUUGGGAAAUCUAACAAAACUUGAGUCAUUGGAUCUUUCAAGAAACAAUCUCUCUGGACAAAUCCCUAGCCAAUUGACAAGUUUGACAUUUCUUUCAACCUUGAAUCUAUCUGAUAACAACCUCACAGGGAGCAUACCACAGGGCAACCAGUUUGGAACAUUUUCGAACGCUUCCUAUGAAGGUAACAUAGGAUUAUGUGGUUUUCCCUUGUCAAAGAAAUGUGGAAUUACAGACGGAGCAUCACCUCCAAUCUUGACAUUGCAACAAGAAGAAGAUUCAACAUCUGUAUUUGAUUGGAAAUUCGCCGUAGCUGGAUAUUGCUCUGGUUUAAUAAUUGGACUGGUAAUAGGACAACAAUUGUUUUGGAGAGACAACCGAUGCGUUGCAUUUUGUUUGAGAAUCAGAGGAUUCAAACAGAGAAAAGAUUUAAAGAGGAAACACAACAUCGGAAGGAAAUGAAUGGGGGUUUACAUGAGGGUCAUUACAAAAAAUUGUUUCUCUUGGUUUUCCUUUAAAUCUUUGCUAUGGGGGUCAUUAGAAUAAUGGGGAUUUUUUUGUAGACACAAAGAGGUGUGAGGAAAAGAGUG